UUUGAUAUGUCCACUUCUGAUAACAUCUCUAACUGUCCAUCUCAGUUGAAGAUUCAAGGGGAAAAGACUGGACGCAAAGGUCAUCUGUCUGUAGUUACUGAGGUCUUUGAGGUGGCCCCGUCACUUUGUAUGGUCGAGCUUCGCAAAGCUGGAGGAGAUACUUUGGAAUUUCAUAAGUUCUACAAGAAUCUCUCCGCUGGACUGAAAGACGUUGUCUGGAAAGCGGAUCCCAUUGAUGAAGAACCUAAUGGGGCGAGAGCAUCUACAUAAUGGAAUCUCGAAUCUGUGAUUGUAUUGUACAUAUGCCUUGUUGUUGGAGAGGUGCGACGAGUUGCUUGUAAUGAACUGUAUGUGAUGGUUUGCCAUUUUUUCAGACAAUCUAACACCUCCUCGCCACAUGGGAGGGGGGACAAACCCCUAUAUUGGCAAAUGGGAUAUAGAACGCAAUAAGCUCUUGGCAUGAUGGUUUGUGAUUGAAUUUGAAAACGAUUGCUUUUUAUUGAUACAAUAAAUUGAUUGGAUAAAACUCAUGAUGUGUAAUUAUUUAAUGUAAAUUUUGUGGACUGAAGAGAGAUGACAAUCAGUCUGAGACAUGGAAAUGAAAGUGUGGUGAUAAUGUUGGAUUGUUGAUUAAAAA